AUGGAGAACAUGGACUUCGAAUGCUUCGAUUCCACCUUCGACAUGCCGCGCACAUCGUUCGAUGACUUCUCCGACCCGAAUCUCUUCUUCGACUUCGACGCCUGCGCCGGGCCGGCCCCGGACGCGUCUUCAGGUAGCCCGUUGCCCUCUACACAACCAACGGGCGCGACCCCUCCACCAACAGAAACGAACCCCCUAGAGGAGGAUUUCACAUCAAUCUUCAGAGACAUCGACCUUGGUGAUUACGUCGAGCCGACGAUCCAACCAUCCGACCUCUUCAUCCAGCGGCCCGAGGGCGUACAACCUCCCUCCACGCUCGUGCUACCCUCGGCACCCUCCAACGAGGACAAAGAUGCCUGUUCCGAGGAUAUCUUCUCCUCCCUCUUGGCCGACCUCUCAGCCCCGACUGAGCCUCACCAAGGUACCGAUGCCUCCCUCUUCUCCUUCCCUUCAACAUGGGCCACAAACGAUAUCGACAUGACGUCUUUCACCUGGCCCACUGCCCCAAACCUCGACCUUGACUUGUUCACUUCACCCGAAGUCUCCCUCCCCGAGACAAAGACAUCCACCGCCCUGACCACCAUCGAUUCUUUCUUCUCAGACCUCUCUACCGUCUCGACCGGUGAAAUCCCAUUCACAUUCGACGAAGAGGCGGUAUCCCUCCUUUCCACUCUUCCGCCAGCCGUCUCCCUAACCUCACCGCAGUCCAUUUACCCCCCGCCAUUCCCUUCGACUACACUCUCGACAGCAACGACAACACUCCAGCACCCGCAGCCAAUCGCCACAGCAUCUACUACCUUCAUCAAAUCCGAGCGCUGCAGCGUAGAACCGUCUCAUAGCUUCGCACCCUCAAGCAUAGUCGAUUUCCAGGGCCAACUCCUCGCCACCCCAGUCCCCUCAAUAACCGCCUCCCCCGCGCCCUCCGCCCGCGACACAACUCCGCCAGUCGUCAACGGCAAGGUAAUCAAACGCAUCCCCCGUCCCGCGAAAGCAAAAGACAUCGACGCCUCAGACUGGUACGCCGUGCCCCCCGCGACGCCGGACUGGGGCGGCCCUUCUCCCGCGACCAAGCCCCUCUUCCAGUACAGACCAACCGGCGAAUGGAAACCCGAAUGCCGCUUCUCGCGUGACGAGCUCCUGCACUACAUGACGGAGCGUAAGCGCCUCUCCCUCCCGCUCACCAUCUGGAUACAGAACCAUCCGCACGGCUGCACCAGCCGCGUCCCGGACCCGAGGACCCUCAAAUGCCGCUGGAACGGCUGCCCCGUGCCGACGGGCACCAUCCUGAAGGGCUUCUGGAGGGUCUGCUUCGACGAGCGGCCAGAGUCUUCCGGUAAGGAGUACAACCCGUUCUUCAACGCCGGGUACAUGCAUCUGUACUGUAUGGACCGGUGCUUCGACCUCUUUGAGAUCUCGGAAGCGUUUGACAUGCGCCCGGACGCGAGACACUUUGAGAAGGAAGAGAAGAACCCGAUGGCCAUGAACCGGGACGGCGAUGAGAUGGUCAUGGAGUACGAGAACUGGCGCGAGGCGCAGAAGCAGGGCUACGAGGAGUGGAGGGCACUCUGCGAGACGAACAAGGUUUUCGGCCUGCCUACGGAGAACCGCGUCGUUGAAAAGCAGCAGAAGCUAUGGUACACCCUGACUACGAAACAUCUCGCCCUGGAGACCAGUGUCCGGCAGCAGAUGCGGGAUUCCCGCGGCGGCAUCUCCAUCGAUCAGCACAGGGGCGACCUAGGCUGGUACGUCAAAAAGGUGAACGAGAGGAAGAAACGGGCAAAGUCGCAGAGGGACGCCGGGUCAAGAGCGCUUGCUCGCUUGGCCGAUUGCGAGGAGAUCUUCAGCGAGGAUGAGGAAGCUCCCCAGAGCGCGGUGGACGAUACCAAGGCCACUAAGAAGACACCGCGCCGCAAGGCUGAGGAUGACGGGCGCAACGCUGAGCUGGCCGAAACAAACGGCAAUAAGCGCCAACGCUGCCUGGUGGACGAGUGUGAGUUGGACGACAGCCAUAAACGCCAGCGCCGUCAGUGCAGAUCAAUCUCAUGA